CCGUGGAGUGUUCUGGGAGUACGCUGCCAACAUACAGGGAUCACGAUGUGUUGCACGGUGCUGAAAUGUGUUAGCCUCCGGUUGGGACUAGUUGGGCUUUGGUUGGCCGUGGCCAGCGUUGCGUACGCUGGAAAGACCAGUUCCAGUUCUAAAUGUCAGGAGAAAUCGUUGACAACGGCCAGUGGUAUUAAGGCGCCAUCAGGUCCCUUCUGCCCGGGUGAUUUGAUUUUCGAGGACACAUUCGAUGGUUUCGAUUUGGAUACCUGGCAACAUGAGAAUACACUCGCCGGGAAUGGGGACGCGGAGUUCCAGUGGUUCACCAACAAUCGCUCGAAUUCGUUCGUGAAGGAAGGCAAUCUUUUCAUCAAACCUACGCUCACCGUGGAUGAGUUCGGUGAACCGUUCCUUCGCUCCGGUGUGCUGAACGUGCACGGUGGUUCACCGGCCGAUCAAUGUACCAAACAGUCACCCGAUGGUUGCGAGCGGCAUGGAACGCACGGUCAGACAUUGAAUCCGGUCAAGAGCGCCAGCAUCAGGACGGUGGAUUCGUUCGCGUUCCGGUACGGGAAGGUGGAGGUCAGUGCGAAACUGCCGGCCGGUGACUGGUUGUGGCCGGCGGUUUGGUUUCUACCGAAGGUGAGCGCCUACGGACGUUGGCCGGCUUCCGGGGAGAUUGAUCUGCUCGAAUCGAAGGGCAACCGGGAUCUCAUCAAGAACGGUAUCAACGUAGGCAUCGAACAGGUAACGUCGGCCCUCAAAUUUGGCCCGAAUGCUGCCUACCGUAGCACGGCCGAGCUUCAGCAGCAACCCGGCAGUACCAGCUUCACGCGUAACUCCGAAUCCGGUAAGGGCUACCAGACCGGGUUCCACCGGUACCAGAUGGAGUGGACACCGGAUCAUAUUACGUUCAGUAUCAACGACAUCGAGACGGGGACGGUGAAGGUGGGUACGGGGUUCUGGCAGAAGGGCAAUUUCAACAUUAGCGCCCCGGGAUUGGAUAAUCCGUGGCGUUACGGUAGCAUUAUGGCACCGUUCGAUCAGGAGUUUUACUGCAAGAUAUCGCUAGCGGUCGGUGGGGCCGAUUAUUUCUCCGACGAUGACAUCAAUCCGACCCGGAAACCCUGGCAAAAUGGAGCACCGCACGCGAUGACGGAUUUCUGGAACGGUAAGAAUGAUUGGCUGCCGACGUGGAAUGUGGACGAGGCGGAAUCGAAGGAUGGUGCGAUGCAGGUGGAUUAUGUGCGGGUUUGGGCCCUUUGAGCGGGAAUCGGUGGCACUCGUUUGCGAUUCCCCCAGUGCGGCAGAUUAGUCGAGUGUGUUAGAUACAGGAGGGCUUCAGUAGUACGAAUAGUAUUUGAUUGGUUUCCAUCAAAUAAUAAUCCGGACAACUGGUGAUAGUGUCAAGUUCCAUAGUCUGGCUCUAUUUGUUUUUUGUUAAAUUGUGUUUAUUGAAUAAUUUAAUAAACGGGAUUUGCACAAUCAUUGGUUUAAAUGGA